AGAGCGCGCUCAGCGGAUCAGGGAGGCAGCGCAUUCCUCUGUAGGCGCGGCUGGCUCUCAUCUGUCCGGUGUGUUGUUCACAUUGGAAACCCGGCAUCAGCGGAGGGAAUGACGGCCGCCGUUCGCUGGUAGCCUCAGGUGGAGAGGGGAACUAGUUUGCGGGGGAACAAGGUGGGCCAUGGAUAACUUAAAGGAGUCAGAGCCUGUACCUGUACCCUCUCCAGGAAGUCUGACGCUCUGAUUGAAGGUGGAUUUCAUAAGUUUUCUUCAUGGCUGGCUGCUGUGGCUGGAUCUACCGCACCUGUGCGUGCUGUCUGUCAGAGGAGGAGAAGACAGCAAUCGCUGUGGACAAAGAAAUCCAGAGGAUCCUCAGGCAGCAGAAGAAGAAGGAGAGGAGAGAAAUAAAAAUCCUGCUACUGGGAACUGGGGAGAGCGGGAAAACCACCUUCAUCAGGCAGAUGAAGAUCAUCCAUGGCCGAGGCUUCUCAGAAGAGGAGAGAAAGUCCUUCGCUAAGUGUAUCUACCAGAAUAUCUUCACUGCCAUCAAAGCCAUGACUGGAGCCAUGACCACACUAAGAAUUCCUUAUGCCAACCCUGAGAAUGAGAAGCUUGCCAAGUGGCUGCAGGAUGUAAACACAUUGCACAUCAUUCACCUGGAGAGAGCAUAUGUGGAUGCAAUCCGUCGCCUCUGGUUGGACGGGGGAAUACGGAUCUGCUACAGCCGCCGCUGCGAGUACCAGCUCCUGGACUCCACUGAAUACUACCUGAGCAACUUGGAGCGGAUCUCGGCCCACGACUACAUCCCCACAGAGCAGGACGUGCUGCGUGUUCGGUUUCCCACCACGGGCAUCCACGACUACUCAUUCACCAUCAAGAACAUCACGCUAAGGAUUGUGGAUGUUGGCGGUCAGAAGUCGGAGCGUCGGAAGUGGAUCCACUGCUUUGAAAACGUCACCUCCCUCAUCUUCCUGGCCUCCCUCAGCGAGUACGACCAGGUCCUAGAGGAGAGAGAGAGCAUUAACCGUAUGGAUGAAAGUUUGGCUCUGUUCUACACCACCAUCCAUUCUGCCUGGUUCCAGAACACCUCCAUCAUCCUCUUCCUCAACAAGACAGAUAUCCUGGAGAACAAGAUUAAGACAUCUGAUCUGAAUAAAUACUUCCCAGUUUUCACAGGUGAAAAACGGAAUGCUGAACAAGCAAAGCAGUACAUCCUUAAAAUGUAUGAGCAGCGGGCCGUCAACAAAGAAACCCGGGCUUGGAAGACCUUGUACCCACACUUCACCUGUGCCACAGACACCAACAACAUUCGCAAGGUUUUCAUCGACAUAAGAGACACUGUGCUGCUGAAGUCCCUAAGGGACUAUGGAGUCCUUUGAAAGGAAUACCAUAUGUAGAAGCAAAAGAAAAAAAACAAUGGUUCCCAAAUUAAUAUGGAGAAGACUGAAGGCUGUAUUUGAAGUACAAACUGAGCUCUCUUUUCAACAUGAAGAAUAGUUUCCUUAAGAAAUCCUCUUCACCUUUGGUGCCUUUUACUGAUGAAGCAAGUGGAGUUUCUACUUCUUUGCUAAGCAAUGAUUUUGAGAACAUCAACAUCUACUAAAAGAGCCAGAAUCAUGUAGCUUUAAUCACACCUCUGUUUCUGUGUAGGAUUGUUUUUUACAGAAGAAGUGUUCGGGUCACGCAGUGUGCGUGUUAUUCUGUAAUUGAGGCUGGAGUACAGAUGCUAUGAAGUGUGGUGUGGCCAUUAAUGCUGGAGAUAGAGGUCAUACAUGGCUGCUCCUCUGCUGCUGUGGUCAAAUUAAACAAUUUCAUGUAUAUCCACCAAUUUCAGACAGAGAAGAUGUCUAUACACACUAAAAUGCAAACUAUUAACAUAGAAGGUCACCAGAAGAAGCAGUUAAUUUUAGUUGCACUCCUUUUCUUUAUCCUCUUUCAAUAAAUCUUGGUAUUGUGGUAAAUUAUUGUGAAAUUCCAGAGAAUGCAAGCAAAGAAGAAGCUGCAAGACCUCAGUAAAUUUUAAUGAUGAUGAUUUUAUCAUUACAUGUUUAAAAGCUGCUCCAUCAAUUCUGAUGGGGUACUUAUUCACUAAUUACUCUCUAGUUUCUGAUUUUUGACCUGUCAAUUCAGAUUUUGAACCAUUUUUAGUCUCUUCUUAUUUCUUAGUGUAGCAGCUUUUAAUUCAGUGGUAAAAUUAA